UUUCGACCACUUCGUAAUUUUUAAGCUGUUGCGAACCGGUUUUAGACCGGGUUCGUAUAAAUCGAAGUUAUCGAACCGAUCAACCAAUAGCCAAAGGAACUUUCCCCAUCAAUCGUCUCAACUCUCAACUUCAACACCGUCGCUGGACCUUUGCGAACCCUAACUCGCACAGAUCAGGAGGAGAGAAGUUUAGAUUAGGAUCACCAUGAAUUCUGCAGCGCGUCGGAGCGGAGGAGGCCUUCUUGAAGGGUUCUACAGAGUUAUUAUGCGCCGGAAUUCCGUUUAUGUCACCUUCAUUAUCGCCGGCGCUUUCGUUGGAGAGCGGGCUGUGGAUUAUGGAGUCCAGAAACUCUGGGAAUACAACAAUGUUGGGAAACGGUACGAGGACAUUUCAGUUUUGGGUCAAAGACCAUCAGAAGAAUGAGUCUCCUUGAUUAUUGGUUAUGGCCAUUUUAUUGUCAUAAACAACGAGUCAUCUGAUUUAUAUUUUUUGAAAUAAGUUUUACAUGUCGGAUUUAGCCCACCUUAUAUAUUGACUUUUGAGCAUGGUGGUCUUUUGAUGUUGGUUCUUGUUAUUCCUGUUCAUUUAUGAAAUUACCAAUCAAAUGUUCCUGUUUUAUCAGGCUAUAUUACAUAACAAA